GGUGCAGAGGCAUUCUUGACGUUUUUAGAGGCCGACGUGAAAGCAGCAGAAGCACACCACUGAGCGUAGAUGUGAUUGAGGAUAGACUAUAUCUGUGUGCCUCCGCGUAAAUCCACUACCACAGUCGGGCUGGAGUCCCUCGCUGAACUAAUAUACGAGUAAAUCUACAAUUGGGUGAACAACUUCAAACUGUGUCCAUAUGGAGCCUCCUACCAAGAAAACACGUCUACGAGGGCCAGAUGGGUUUGAGAAACCUAAAUCCUCGUACAAGCCACCAGAGAGCAUCACAAAGCCUGGCUCGUCAUUCAAAUCUGCUCCUUCAGUCGGACCACCGCAAAAUGGCAGCAACAAACAUCGUUCGAAACCUAGUUCUGCUCACCGACCCCAGAAUCCCUUCGUGUUAGAGCCAUCUGAUGAGGCUGGGCCAAGCAAGCCGAGCGUUUUCACCAAGAAACCAAAACCUCUCUCCACAGGACAUCGCCCACGAACUCCAAGCGACGCUGCCUUUAAGCCACUGAGAGUUCCAGCAUUCACCGAGCUAACUCAUGCUGAAGACAAGGCAACAGCGUCUACAAGCCUGACGACGUUACGGGCGACGUUAAAGCCGCCAUCGACGUCGACAUCUGAAACGCUUAGGUCAAUCCCAAAGCCCCCUCCCCUCCCAACCCAUUCUAAACCGACUGCGCCUCUCAAGUCUCUCGCGCUUCCUCUUGUUCCAGCCCAACAACCUCCAUCGCCGUCAAAGCACAUGAGGACGAUAUUGACCACUAGCGUUGCACAGGCUAUCGAUCCUACAAAGGAUGGUACGGGGGCAGAAUUACUCGCGUUAUUUCUGCAGCAGCACGGACAUACGUUUACUUCAUCUACCGACCGAGAGUUACAAAGGGGUAUCAUGGUGAGUCCGAGAAAGCGGUCACAUGGCAAGGACCCGAAAUUUAUUCGUGGAGGGCUUGCGGAGCGUGCUCAACGCCAUCUUUCGUCUAAGCAGACCGACUUUGCUUUGUGGAAACGUCAGAUAGAGAAAAAGCUGGAGUCGAACUCAACCGUCGCGUCUGACAUGCGACUCCGUAUCUUGAAGAUCUUUCAGGUCAUCAAGACACCUGAGAAGCCGCGUUCUGCACCUGUCCUGCGUUCUGGCCUGGCACUUUGUCGCCUCACGGGCCGGCACAAGUUUGCGGGUGAUCUCACGACUGGCACGUACGUCGUGCUCUUCAGCUUCGCGCCUACCGAUGGCAGCGGCGGUUCGGUUAUCAGUAGUGGUGCUGAAUUAUUCGCUGAGGGCGGGGAUGUGGAUGUGUGGAUGCCAUGGCACAAAGUCGAGGUGUCGAGCGUUGGAGAUGCAGCGAUUCAGAGAAUCUUUUCACAGCUCGACGCCUUAAAUCCGCCCCAUAUUCUGUUGAUCGUGUCGAAGUUUCAUAUUCGUCGGGCCAAAUAAUCACCGGUGCGGUUCUAAUAACAAAUGCUUCCCGCACUUCGCACGUGCACAGCCCCUCGAGGCAUGUGUUCCGUCCACUGAGUAGUCACCUCUGAUCAAGGAAGUCCGCUUGGCACAAAAUUGCCGUUAUGGUCCUUUCAGCAAGUUACUGCAUGCCGUUUGAUUGUUGCUCGACGCAGACAACAGUGUCGCUUAGGUAAUUGAUUCCUCCGAAUUUCGCUUACAAUCCUAGAAUGUCGGUUGUUGUCCACCAACAUAAUUAAUGGCUCUGCCGUCCAUCAAUAGGAAGAGACGGGCAGUGCCCUACAGUAAAU